AAGAACUUAUCGAGGAGGAAACGUUUACAAAGCCUAUUGAGAGUGAGGAAAUGGAGGAAGAUUUGUUUGAGAAAGAAUUGACGCUCCCUACCAAACGCGAAGAGGAAAUAACCGAGAUACUGGUAGAAGAGGAACUACUUAAAACAAUGGACCAAACGGGAAAAAAACCCGUUAAAAAGCAAGUCAGAGUUCCAAAACGAGGGACGGAAGACGUGGAGGAAGUUACAAAACAGACAAUGGAAGAAGAGGAGGGAAAGAAAGAGUUGGAAAUUGAAGUUGAUAAGAAAAAAAUUGUUGAAGAAGAGAUCGUCCACAGGAAAGAACUGAAGGAAGAGGAACCAGCAACAGAAAAACCUGUAGAGCCAAGAAAGAAGGAAUAUGAGGAAGGAAAGAUCAGUCCUAAAGAAGGACAGAAAGUCAAAAAGGACUCGGCAACUGAAGUGACAAAGUUUUCGGAAGAGGUUGCUGUUGUUACGAAGGAUGAAAAAUCGGAGAAGGAGAAAAAAGAGGGAACGAGAUUGAAGAAAGUCAAAGCAAAAAAGGGAUUACCGGCAAAGGAAGAGGCCACUGAAGAAGUGAUCUCUGUCGAAGAGGAAGUAAUUGAAAAGUUCCCUGAGGAAGAGAGUGGAAAAAAGAAGAAAAAAGUGCCAAAGGCGCUCGUAAUUCCUGAUGAAAUCAGUUCCAGAUUUGGUGAGCCAAGCACACUUCUUUCUGAAACAAACAUAACAACAAAAAUCGUAGCAAGAGAAGGAAGUGCUGAGGCUAUUUCCCCGGUUAAGCAACCACAAUCGGCCAGCGUCGCUGUAAAAGUUGAUAGCAAGAUUCGACCAAGAGCAGGUACUCCAAGUGAGGAAUUCAGCGAAUUCCCAUUCAAACGGCGAUCACAGACCCCUGAAGGAAAAGAAGAGGAUGUUGGUUCAAGGCCUGGAUUAAAACCUAAGAGUACUGAUAGAGCUGGUCUUCCUCCCAAACCUGGUGCUGAAAAGCCAGAGAUGAUGGAGGAGGCUGAAAAGGAAAGAUUUGCAGAGAAACAAACGAAGGCUGAAGAAGAUAACCUGAUCGAGAAGAAAAAGGAGAUCAAAGGGAAGGAAAUGCUAGAGGAGAAGGCAAAGGAAAAGAAACCAGAAGAGGUUGCGAUUGGGAAGAAGAAAAAGGAAAUGAAAGAGAAGAAGAAACCCGAGGAGAAGGAAAAGGAGUUGGGGAAGAAGGAAGAAAUAAGGGAGAAAGAAAAGAAGGAAGAGAAGGUUGAGGAAAAGGAAAAAGAAGAGGCUCUUCCUAAAAAGAAGAAGGAGAUCAAAGAAAAGGACAAGUCUGAAGUAGAGCCUAGGGAGAAGAAGCCAAAGGAGGAAUCCGUGUUUGCAAAGAAGCAGGUAAAAGAGAAGGAAAAACCCGAAGAGAAGCAAAAGGAGCUGGAGAAGAAGCAAGAAGAAAAAGAAAAAGAAAGGAAGGAAGUGAAGGUUGAAGAAAAGGAACAGAAAGAAGAGGCUGUGCUUGGAAAGAGAGAGACGAAAGAAAAGGACAAACUUGGAGCGAAAUCCGAGGAGAAAAAGCCAAAAGAGGAAGCAGUGCUUGCAGAGAAGAUCAAAGAGAAGGAGAAACUCGAUGAGAAGCAAAAGGAGCUGGAGAAGAAGAAAGAAGUAAAAGAAAAAGAAAGGAAGGAAGAGAAGGUUGAGGGAAAGAAACCCAAAGAAGAGGCUGUACCUGAAAAGAUGAAGGAGACGAAAGAAAAGGAGAAGCCUGAAGAAGAGCUUAAGGAGAAGAAGCCAAAAGAGGAAGCGAUUCUUGCAAAGAAGCAGGUAAAAGAGAAGGAAAAACCCGAAGAGAAGCAAAAGGAGUUGGAGAAGAAGCAAGAAGGAAAAGAAAAAGAAAAGAAGGGAGAGAAGUUUGAGGAAAAGAAAGAAGAGACUCUUCCCGAAAAGAAGAAGGAAAUGAAAGAAAAGGAGAAGCCUGAAGAAGAGCCUAAGGAGAAGAAGCCAAAAGAGGAAGCCGUGCUCGCAAAGAAGCAGUUAAAAGAGAAGGAGAAACCCAAAGAAAAGCAAAAGGAGCUGGAGAAGAAGCAAGAAGCAAGAGAAAAAGAAAGGAAGGAAGAGGAGGUUAAGGAAAAGAAACCCAAAGAGGUUGUGUCUGAAAUGAAAGAGACGAAAGAGACCGAGGAGAAAAAGCUCAAGGAGGAAGCCAUGCCUGGAAUGAAGGAGAGAAAAUCAAAAGAGAAGGAAAAGAAGGAGGAAGAGAUUGAGGAAAAGAGACCCAAAAAGACUGAACUGGGAGAAAAGAAGAAAGAGAUGAUAGGAGAAGAUAAACUUAAUAAGAAAACUGAGGAAGAAUCUGCGCUUGAAACGAAGAUAGAAGUGAUGGAGGAAAAAUCGGAGAAGAAGGAAGAAGAAAAGAAGCCAGAAGCAGGGCUUUUGUCCGAGAGGAAAACAGAAGAAGACAAAGAUAUCAAGAAGAAGAAGAAAUUAAAGAAGAAGGUGGAAGUUGUUAUUGAAGAAAAGAAAGAUCAGACAGGAGAGGAGAUAAAGGUGCUUUUGAAUGGAGAAGUAAAGGAAACUUCAGAAGUAAUAGAACCCGAGAAGAGACCAGAAAAGAAACGCAAGCAGUUGAUCGAGGAAACAAUUCCCGAAGAUGAAGCCGUUGAUGUUCUUUCUGGAGAAGUCGACAAACGCGACAGCGAGGCAGUGAGUAGUAGAACUUCACGAAAAUCUUCUGGAGCAUCCAGUGUUGAGAGCUACACGAUAUCUCGGCGUAGAAUGAGAAAAGAAGGAUUUGUCUCUACUCCUGGAGCGGAAGUGCUGGCUCUUCGCGGUGAUACAGUGAGACUAGAAUGCGAAUUGGUAAACGACCAUGAUGAAGUUGAAUGGUUUAUCAACGACAAGUCAUUCGCAGCUGAUGCCAGAGCAUCUGAAGAGUCCUUAGGCCCGAUGCGAAUACUACUCAUACGAGAUCUUACUCCCAGAGAUACCGACAUGAUCGUUGAAGUUCGUUUAGGCGAUUAUUCGGCUAUUUCCAAGAUCACCGUUGAGGAUACUCAUCCUGAAAUGAUAAAGCGCUUGCAGCGCAGAACAACGGGCAGAGAAGGUCAAGACGUAGUUCUCAGCGUCGAAGUGGAUCACGAAGCUCAGGAAGUGGCUUGGUUCAAGAAUGAUAUUAUGCUAACUACUUCGGAAAAAUACCUGGUCGAAGCAGAAGGAACCGUGUACCGCCUAACUAUAAGGGAGGCAACCUAUGGCGAUGCCGGCCAGUAUAAUGUCGUCGUUGAUGGAUCGAAGAGCUACACAAAUCUCCAGAUACAAGGCAAGCCUGUGGUGAAGAAAGUUGAAAGGAGGAUAAUCGAAGUGGAAAGGGAUGAAAAUAUUAUAUUUAACGUACCUUUCGAAUGCUACGAGGAACCUACAGUCUCAUGUCUUUUCAAUGGAACGGCACUUCGAGAAGACGCGAAGAUACACAUUGAUAUGAGCGAUGAUAUUGUACGUUUCUGCAAGAAGCAUGUGAAAAAGGCAGAUUCGGGCGAAUACACCAUCAAACUCUUUAAUGAGAUUGGGGAAGACUCUGAAACUGUGACAGUUCGCGUCAAAGAUGUUCCUGGAAAACCACAAAGCGUCUCGGUUACGGAGAUUGAAAGCGAAGCAAUCUCUAUUGCCUGGACAGCGCCAGAAAAUGAUGGAGGGCAACCCAUAACUGGUUACAUCGUUGAGAAGAAGGAGGACGGUCGUAGAACGUUCCAUAAGGUUGCUCAGGUUUCGGCUUCUAAAACGUCAUACACCGUAGAAGAUCUGGAAAUGGUCACAGGCUACAUCCUAAGGGUAUCUGCUGUGAACAAGUAUGGAGCUGGGGAACCAACUGAUACGCCUGUGGUUACAACUGGAACACCGUACACAGCUCCACAAAUCACUGAACCGCCAAUUAUAUCCCAAGUCUCCGGAAAUACCUGUGCACUUUCUUGGGAGAAGCCAGCACAUGAUGGUGAAUCGCCAAUCUAUGGCUACGACGUAUACAGGAAAGAAAACGGUGGCAAUUGGAUUAAGGCAAGAUCUUUAAUCUUUACAAGUUCAAGGCUUAUAAGGAUAAACGAUGAACUUCAAUUCCACGAGCACUUCACCGUUAAAAACCUCCAACCGAACAUCAGCUAUGUAUUCAAAGUGGAAGCUCAUAACGAAGCCGGUUUCAUUUCGUCGUCAAAUGUUGAAUCAGAGCCGCUCCUUAUCAGAGCGACGCUCGAUGUUCCCACCACUAUCCUUCCUACACCGCGAGUCAUCACUACUGGGUUGGAGAGCGUCACAGUUGAGUGGGAUGUUGACGAAUAUGUGGCAUAUUCGGAAUUCGUACUCUCUUACAAAUCCGAAAGCUCAUCAGUAUGGACUGAGGUCACCUGCAAAACCAACUCUUGCAAGAUAAAUGAAUUGAAAGAAGGCGUUUCCUACGUCUUCAAGGUUGCUCCGAUAAAUGAACAAGGGAUAGGUGAAUACUCGGAAGAAACUCAACCAAUCAAAAUUAUGCCUGCUGUUGCUCCCGUCAUCAUCAAACCGAUUAAGAAUGUGACUGUCCCACGGAAACGCACACUUCAUCUUGAAUGUCACGCAAAUGGUGAACCUGCUCCUGAGUAUGUAUGGUUCAAGGAUGGGGUUGAAAUCAUACCUGAAAACUCAAAUACUGAGAUUGUAAAUGAAGGCUACAUGAGCUUCCUUAAAAUUCACUCUGUCGAAGCUUUUGACGCCGGUAACUAUAUGUGUGAGGUAGAAAACGAGCAUGGAAAAACGAGCUGCUCCGCAAAGAUUCAAAUCAGCGAUGUCCGAUGCCAUUUCGAAUCCUCAUUUUCCGAAUACAUCGAGGCAACUGAGGGUCAGGAUAUUCAACUCCGCUGCACUUUGUCAGACAAGGAUGGUGUAGUAGUUUGGUACAAGGACGGGAAGGUGUUGAAGGAUGAUGAUCACAUAUCUAUCUCGGCUGAGGAUACCAGCAGAACACUAAAAAUUACUGGUGCUAAUGAUUCCGAUAGCGGUAUGUAUCGUUGCGAAACAUCAGAUGGUAGAAGCAAAACUGAAGGAGAGCUUCUUGUUAAAGAAGAGGAACCGCAUAUCAGAGUUGGACCUCAAGACGACACGAUUAGAGAGUUUGGCAAAACAGUGGAGCUCAAAUGCGAAUUGACAAAACCAGUGCAUAGAGUGCUUUGGUUCCGAAAUAAGAAGGAAAUAUGGGCACAGAUGAACAAAUACUUGAUAGAAACUAUUGACUGCACAUCCACACUUGUAAUCCUGAAUUUCGACAGAUCCGAUGUUGGAGACUACUACGCCGUCUUGAGCGAAAAGGAGUCCUCUGCUCCUGCCCAUAUAGAAUUAGAAGUCGCUCCAGAAAUCAAGAUUACAGAAAAUCUCGGUGAACAGAUCACUUUGCACGCUGAUGCUGAACUGGACUUCCACGUAGAAGCUUACGGAAAUCCACAACCUUUAAUAACAAUUUUGCACAAGAACGAGCGUAUUCAAAGCCGACCUGAAGUCAAUGUCGAAGAGUACGAGGAUGUCUUGAGUGUGCGCAUGAAGAAUCUAACGCAAAACGAUAUUGGCACCAUUAGAAUCACUGCCGAAAAUGUUGCCGGCACUGCGCAGAAGGAACUGUCUCUCAAUGUUAUUGACGUUCCCAGUGAACCUCUCGACCUGGAAGCCAGAGAAAUAACAGCAGAAUCGACCAUUCUAUCAUGGAGUCCACCUGAAGAGGAAAAUGGAGCUGACGUUACUAGUUACGUAAUUGAGCGAAGAGCAGUUGAAAGCAACAGAUGGCGAACGGUGGGCAAAACCGAUGCGAACACUUUCGUCUUCAAAGCGGAAGGUCUUAUGUCGAAACAAGUCUAUGGUUUCCGUGUGAUGGCCGUGAAUGAAGUUGGAGAAGGACCGCCAAGUCAGCUUAUUGACAUCAUCACUCUGGAAGAAGAAGCAGUGGAUGGAGUUUUGCCUGAGCUAGUUCUUUUAGACGCUCCAGGUGCUCCUUCAGUAGAGCGUGAUGAAGGUAAAAUAACUGUGGCAUGGAAUCCAGUUAUGGAUGCUAUGGUAUAUAGACUGGAGAGAAGAGAUGAGUCUAACGAUUGGCUUGAAGUUGUUACAAUUGACAAGACCACAUUCGUUGAUCGUUCACUACAGAAAAGUGGCACUUACAGAUAUAGGGUGAUAGCAGAGAACCCAAAUGCCGAAUCUAAGCCAAGUGGAGAAUCUGCUCCUGUUUCUGUCGUUAUAGAAAGGAAAGAAGGUGAAGAAGAUGCCUCAUUGGGAAGAAGAGAAGAUGUAGUCGAAGCAGAGAUGGCCGAUACAGCCGAAAAAAUAGUUGAUGGUCUUCAGAUAAAUGGCGCUAAGACUGAUGGA